GGAGCAGGCAGGCAGCAUGGGGACCGGGUUCUACAUCAGUAAAGCUGUGGGCAUCGGAGGGAUCUUCGUUUGUGUGGCUGCCUUGUCCACCAUCAUCGCUCUGUCUGUCGUUUACUCCCAGGAACGGUCCAAAAACCUCCAGGUCCCACCAACUGCAGGAGGAACCACCGCCAACCCCACCACCACCCCUGCCCCAUCCAACCAAUCGUGGGACCAAUACCGGCUGCCCAAGAGCCUGGUACCAUUGAACUACAGGGUGACGCUGUGGCCCCGGCUGAAGAAAGAUCCCCAUACUGACCUCUACAUCUUCACUGGGGACUCCGUGGUGGAGUUUGAGUGUGUGGAGGAGACCGACCUGGUCCUGAUCCACUCCAACAAGCUGAACUACACCAGACAGGACAAUGGGGAGCUGGCGAUGCUCACUGCUGCCGAGGGCGCACCCAAGGCGCCCUCCAUCAAGUCCUCCUGGCUCCAGACGGUCACUCAGUACCUGGUUCUGCAACUGGACGGUACACUGGUGAAGGGACAGAGGUACCACCUUUUCACCAGCUUCACCGGAGAGCUGGCUGAUGACCUGGGAGGGUUCUACCGGAGCGAGUACGACGACGAGGACGGAGUCAGAAAGAUUGUUGCCACCACCCAGAUGCAGCCGACAGACGCCCGGAAGUCGUUCCCCUGCUUCGAUGAGCCGGCCAUGAAGGCGUACUUCAACAUCACUCUGAUCCACGAGCACGGAACCGUAGCACUCUCCAACGGCAAGGCCAUAGAAACAACGAACGUCACCAUUGCUGGGCAAAAUGUCCAGCAGACUGUGUUUGAACAAACGGAGAAGAUGUCCACCUACCUGCUGGCCUUCAUCGUCAGUGACUUUAUUCACAUCGGCAACACCAUCGACAACGUCGAGAUCAGAAUUUUUGCCCGCAGGUCAGCCAUCGCUGCUGGUCAGGGACAGUACGCCCUCAACAUAACUGGACCCAUCCUGAAGUUCUUUGAGGAGUACUACAAGGUCCCCUAUCCGCUGCCCAAAUCCGAUCAGAUCGCUCUGCCUGAUUUUAACGCCGGAGCCAUGGAGAACUGGGGUCUGAUCACCUACAGAGAGACGGCGCUGCUCUACGACCCGGUCUUCUCCUCCAACUCCAACAAGGAGAGGAUCGCCACCAUCAUCGCCCACGAGCUCGCUCACAUGUGGUUCGGUAACUUCGUGACACUGCGGUGGUGGAACGAUCUGUGGCUGAACGAGGGCUUCGCAUCCUACGUGGAGUACCUGGGAGCGGACAAGGCCGAGCCUGACUGGAACGUGAAAGACCUGAUCGUGCUCGGUGACGUCCACAGAGUGUUCGCCGUGGACGCCCUGACCUCCUCUCAUCCCCUGUCCUCCAAAGAAGAGGACAUCCAGAAACCGGCUCAGAUCAGCGAGCUCUUCGAUGCCAUCUCAUACAGCAAGGGAGCGUCUGUCCUCAGGAUGCUGUCAGACUUCCUGACUGAAGCGGUUUUCACCAAAGGCCUUCAGACCUACCUGAAGGAGUUUGCUUUUGGGACCGCCGUCUACACGGACCUGUGGAAACACCUGCAGAUGGCUGUGGACAACAGCGGAACCGAGCUUCCUAACUCCGUCAACAACAUCAUGAACACCUGGGUUCUGCAGAUGGGAUUUCCUGUCGUCACCAUCAACACCAACACCGGCGCCGUUUCCCAGCAGCACUUCCUGUUGGACCCGAACGCUAGAGUCACCAGGGAGUCAGAGUUCAACUACGAGUGGAUCAUUCCCAUCAGAUGGAUGAAGACUGAAAACAUUCAGGAUGACAUCACGUGGCUCCAGCAAAAAUCAGAUACGAUCAUGGAGAUGAAGGUUUCGGGUUCCGACUGGGUUCUGGCCAACCUGAACGUGGUGGGGUACUACAGGGUCAACUACAACCAGGAGAACUGGGACAGACUGCUGAACGCUCUGAGCACCAACCACAUAGUGAUCCCGGUGAUCAACAGAGCUCAGCUGGUGGACGAUGCCUUCAACCUGGCCAGAGCAAAGAUCAUCUCGACAGUUCUGGCGCUCCAAACCACCAAGUACCUGAACAAGGAGAGGGAGUACAUGCCGUGGCAGUCGGCGCUGAACAACCUGGACUUCUUUUACCUGAUGUUCGACCGCAGUGAAGUGUACGGCCCCAUGCAGGAUUAUCUGAGGAAGCAGGUUUCUGAACUGUUCGCCCACUACAAGGAGAUCACGGAAAACUGGAGCAAAGUUCCAGACAAACACAUGGACCAGUAUAACCAGGUGAAUGCCAUCAGCCUGGCGUGCAGGACCGGCCUGGAAGAAUGUCAGACUCUUGUCACCACGUGGUUCAAAGAGUGGAUGCAGACCGGCAACAACCCGAUCCACGCCAACCUGCGCUCCACAGUGUACUGUAACGCCAUCGCCGCAGGGGGAGCUGUGGAGUGGAACUUUGCCUGGUCCAAGUUUAUAAAUGCCUCCAUCGCUACAGAGGCUGAGAAACUGCGUGCCGCUCUGGCCUGCACCAAACAGCCGUGGCUUCUGAACAGGUACCUGGAGUACACUCUGGAUCCAAAAAAGAUCCGGAAGCAGGAUGCCACCUCCACCAUCGUCUACAUUGCCCAGAAUGUGAUCGGUCAGUCUCUGGCGUGGGACUUUGUCCGGGCUCGAUGGUCGUACAUCUUCAAGGAGUACGGUGGAGGAUCGUUCUCCUUCUCCAACCUCAUCAACGGAGUCACCAAACGCUUCUCCACCGAGUUUGAGCUUCAGCAGCUGAAGCAGUUUAAGGCAGAUAACGCAGACGUUGGUUUUGGAUCCGGGACUUUGGCUGUGGAUCAGUCCAUCGAGAGAACCCAGGCCAACAUGAAGUGGAUGGCAGAGAACCAGGACCAGGUUCUGAAGUGGUUUUCAGACGAAGCUAAACCCGGGCCGACUCACACCUUGGUCGUGUAAUUUAACAGUAAACUGGAGUUUGUUUGUUUGUUUGUAGGAUUUAGAGC